CAUCAACUUCUUCCACGGCCACCAGGAUAUUUGUUUUGUUGUUGUUCGUGCUUGUCAAUUGUUGUGGCCUUGACUUUUGCCUCAAUAGCAUGAUCCUUCCGCGUCGUGCACCCGUUCAUGGUGUCCGCCAUUAUGUGACCACCACCACAGCUUUUGCGUCAAGGCCAGUGGCGCAAUAUGCCAGAAUUACCGCGUAUCGAUCACCGGUUGUUCCAGUUGGGCAACUGACCUCACGGAGUUCCUCACAAUCACCCUUCACUUUCCCCAGACCACUUCUCGCGUCCUCACAACCCUUACUCCGCUCCCUCCAUACCUCCAUUCCCAGAUACCAGCAGACUCAACACAAAGAGGAAGUCCGAGAUCCUCCGAGGAAAGAAGAGCCCGCUAAAGAAGCUAGUCAAGAAGAUACCAAAGACAAGACAGAGGGUGAGGGUGAGAAAGAACAAGGCAAGGAGGAAUCCAAGUCAGACAAGAAGGAGGAAAAAGCAGCUCCACCUCCUCAUGGAGACAAGACUCCAUGGCAGGUCUUUACCGAGACACUGCGUACCGAGUUCAAAGCCUCCAAGGAAUGGAACGAAUCGACCAAGCAGCUUUCUGGGUCUGUAGAGAAAUUCACAGAGUCGGAUGCCGUGCGGCGAGCCCGAGAAGCAUCUGAAGCUGCCAGCAAGGGCACAUCUCAGGUGUUACGGACCACGGGACGGGCAAUUGGUCAGUCUGCUGCCUGGACUUGGGACACCAAGGUGGUUCAAGGUGUCAGAGCCGGAGUCAAUGCCACAGGUCGUGGGAUUGAACGAGCGACACGGCCGGUUCGAGAGACCAAGGCUUUCAAAGACAUCUCGGAAGCCGUCGAUGACGGAUCCAGCUCAAGAUAUGGGGGUUGGACCGAAAAGGAAGAGCGUCGAUUGAGACGUGAAGCACGUGAACUGAAAGAAAUGCAAUCCGGAAAAAGGGCCGCAGAACCCAUGGUGGAGGAUCCAAAUGCCGGAACCAACAUUACAGUCCACAAAGACUCUGCAUGGCGAGAAUCAUGGAACAAGUUCAAGGAGAAUUCUUCGGUUAUGCAAAAAUUGUUCAACAUGAAAAACACAUAUGAAGAGUCAGAAAACCCGUUGAUUUCGACAGCACGAUCCAUCUCCGAUCGAGUUGCAGGAUUCUUUGCGGAGAACGAGACGGCCAUGGUGAUUAAAAAGUUCCGCGAAAUGGAUCCUUCAUUCCAGAUGGAACCCUUCCUCCGGGAAAUGCGAGAAUAUAUCCUCCCAGAAGUCCUGGACGCCUACGUCAAGGCUGAUGUGGAAACAUUGAAGCUGUGGCUGUCGGCGGCACAAUUCCAAGUGUACUCGGCAUUGAUGGAACAAUACACCAAAGCCGGAUUGAAGUCGGACGGACGGAUUUUGGACAUCCGACACGUGGACAUUUUGAAUGCCCGACUUUUGGAGCCUGGUGACAUUCCGGUCUUCAUCAUCACCUGCCGGACACAGGAAGUUCACGUGUACCGAAACCAAAAGACCAAUGAACUGGCGGCAGGGAUGGAAGACAAGGUUCAAUUGGUUACAUAUGCCAUUGGAGUGACCAGAUUACCUGAAGAAGUCAAUAAUCCAGAAACCCGGGGUUGGAGAAUGAUUGAAUUGCAAAAGGCUGCGAGAGACUACAUCUGAGAGAUGAAGUCGAUUGAUCGUCGGAUGGCUUUUGGUCAAAGGUCCGUUCUCGGUCUCUCUCGCAUUGCAAGAGUCGACACCAAACCGUGUCUGUCAUGGCCACGCCAACUUUGUGAUGUCGUUGUCGAUGCUGCAGAGACGUACAACCUUGCCUCCUGAGCAUCAUCCAUUCAGUCUAUGGCACUCGAUUCCAUUUCAUUUCAUUCCACUCAUCUCGAAAUCUUACUGAGACAUUUUGUCUUAUGUCUGGAAAGACACGGCCAGAUUGAGGGAGGAUGUGAAAAGUGUAUGAAUGCCACAUGUAUAAUAUUUUAAUUCUUUUCUCCCGAGAGCAAGACCAUCACAAAGGGCUUCAUUCACUCGACUUUCCAAACGACCAGAAAACCAAGUCAAAGGUAUAAAUGUGCCUUGUCCUGGAACUCGACGAACUCGUGGGAGAGGAGAGAAGGGAGAGAAGAUGACACCAAAAAAUCCCAUUUGGAAGAUAACGCCAAAUGGAAAAAAGUCGAUUCGAGUCAAGCUGCUAACAUGUCCAGCUUCAGAGAGGGAGUGAGUGUGUGUCUGUAUAUCUGUGUUUAUAUCUUAUGGAACGAGGAGAUUUGAUGCAUGGCAUGGCAUGGGGGAUUUGACCCUACAAGUAGUGCUAUCGACUCUCGAAAUCGAAUACAGUAAUCUCCAGAGUGAUUUUAU